AUGGGUCUCUUCAACCGUCGACAGCGUGAUGGUCCAACAGCGGCCACCACUUCUUCUACCAAAGGCCAUGGUCACCACAAUAACCGCCAUGGUGGCAACCAGUCUACCUACUCGAUGGCUACUCGUCCUUCCUUUGGGCAGUGGCUCAAGUAUACAUGGCUCGACAUUCUGACCAUGGCCUGUCUGGGAGCCAUUGGCCUUGGUGUCUACGAGGCGCACCCUGCCCCAACCAGAUCCUUCCCCGUCACCUUCUCUGACGGCGAGGUCGUCUACCCUCAAUUCGCCUAUCCCCUCCGCAAGGAGAUUGUCCCCAUCUGGGCAGCCGCCCUGCUGGGCAGCCUGGUGCCCAUCUUUGUCAUCCUCUGCAUGCAGAUCCGCGUGCGCUCCUUCUGGGACGCCAACAACGCCAUCAUCGGCCUCCUCUACUCCCUGAUCACGGCGGCCGUCUUUCAGGUCUUCCUCAAGUGGCUCAUCGGCGGCCUGCGCCCCCACUUCCUGGCCGUCUGCCAGCCCGACACCUCGCUCAUCAAGAACCAGUACGACGCCACGGGCUUCAAGCAGAUCUACUUCACCCGCGACAUCUGCACCGGCGACCCGGACACCAUCGACGACAGCCUCGAGUCGUUUCCCUCGGGCCACACCACCGCGGCCUUUGGCGGCUUCAUCUUCCUGUACCUCUACCUCAACGCCAAGCUCAAGGUCUUUGCCAACUACCACCCCGCCAUGUGGAAGCUCGUCGCCAUCUACGCCCCCGUCCUCGGCGCCGUGCUGAUCGGCGGCGCCCUGACCAUCGACGAGUUCCACAACUGGUACGAUGUCUUUGCCGGCGCCUGCAUCGGCACCGUCAUGGCCUUCUCCGCCUACCGCAUGACCUAUGCCGCCAUCUGGGACUGGCGCAUCAACCAUAUCCCUCUCCACAGGGGCGUCCCCUUUGACUUUGCCAGCCCGGAACUUGCUGGCGCCACCUUCACCCGCCGCGCUGGCUGGGGCGUCACUUUACCCCCUUGAACUGCACCUGUUCUUCAUGUUGCAUAAUGUUGUAUCAGAUACCCAUACCAGUUAUUUCGAUCAAUAC